UCAAAGUCCCUGCAUUCUCUACUGGCAAACAGAAAUCUUUCCUUUUAUCUUCCGAGUGAGUUUUCAUCUUCAUACAAAAAAAAGCAAGACAUGGCUAUCCGGGUACCUGUUAUCUUGCAUGCUAAGCAAAAUUUCUGCCAUUCAAAACUGUUUGCGGACCAAUCAUCUUCAACAGCUAGCAGUGUUCCGAAGGGCUACUGCUUAGUUUAUGUUGGAGAAGACCAAAAGAAGAGGUUCAUAAUUCCUAUAUCAUUCUUGAAUCAGCCUUCAUUUCAAGAACUUCUAAGUAAGGCAGAGGAAGAAUUCGGGUUCAAUCACCCCAUGGGUCGUCUCACCAUUCCUUGCAGAGAAGACAUCUUCAUUGAUCUCACUUCUCGCUUGAGUGGACUAUGAUUUGUGUAGACAGAACAAUUAAUAGACAGAAAAUUUGGAAAAUCAACAAUGAAAAUUUUUUUUUUCUUUUCUUUUGCCAAAAGAAAGAUAUGGGGAACUUUGCGCAACAUCUUCCAGAUGCUGUAUUUACUUUAUCUCUUUCUCUUAUUACUCAUCUCUAUGCAUUUGCUAACUUCUAUUGGCUUCGUGGGACUCAGCAAUACUGAUCUGUU